AUGAGUGCUGCACAUGCAUGUUUCCGCAGCGCCCUAGUACAUGCAUUUCGACCGUCUAAUCAUGGAGUCGCCGCUUCGUCUUCCGUUCCAGCUUUCCUAGUUCCAGCUCUUGCUUCAUCGUCUUCGCAGCAUCUCCCCAAGAAACCCAACGCCAAAGCUCAACACCGACACGUGCAUACCUCAGCGGACCACUUCAGAGACCCAAGACAAAGAUUCUUUCUCUCACGUCCCACCCGGGAGCCAGUUCAAUCCCAAAUACCGAUUCCACAGGAUGAAUCUCGUAGCCAAAUGGAGACCUGGCUCGCAGCCAUUGAGCCUUUCCUUCCUGUCUCGGCACGCCGUCAACCUUCCAGCGACCCCGAUUUAUCAUCUUCAUUGACGCCUCUCGAUCUUGCUGUCUAUUUGAAAAAGGCUCAGGAUGCUUCGAUGGAUGUCAUUAGUCAUCUGGGGCUGGUGGAAGGGCGCUGGCAAGCGGUAGUGUGGAUUGCGAAGAAGCUGGUUGAGCUUGGUCGACGCUCAGUAGAGUCUCCAUUGCAUUUGAACGCUUUCGAACACAUCUUGGGGUCUCCCGAUGGCGGCGGUGCAUCAUUGAAGACUCUGACCGAAUCUUCAAUUUGCAUCGAACGGCAUGCAACUCCGCGGAAGCUCAGACACUCUCUCGAUGAUGUAACUUCAGCCCCAGAUACGAUUGAAAUGCGGAAUGUCGUUGUAAAAAGGGGAUUAGGCCAAUUGUGGCGGAGUUUGGGCAAUCUGAUUCUAGCUGCUGCGGAGAAAAAUAGUACCGAUGGAGACACCAUUAUGCCACAUGUGCUAGAGAUCAUCGCAUACCUGCAUCACGUUGGCUUCAUGCCUGAAUCCGUCUACUCAUAUAGGCCCCGGAGCAACGAGUACGCACUGCAACAGCCGCCAACACUACACAUACUAUCUUCGAAGAUUCUUACCGCGCUGUCAGACGCGGCUUGGAAGGCUCACGAGUCUUCGGUCAAGCUGGCAAAAGAAGGUUCCAAAGUCUCCUACUUUCUCGGCCAUGAGAUACCCGGCUCCCGUUACAAGAUCGAGGUUAGCGAGGUAACACCAGAACUGUGGCUAGAGCUAGUUCUGUGGACAUGUCUACACGGUGGAUGGAUAUUAGAUGGCGCCGCGAUUCUAAGGCAGGUGGCGGUCAAGCGAGGAGAUCACAACUGGACUCUCAUAAGUUGGAGAGAAAUCAUACAAGCAGAAAAGGACGAAACCCCGGCGCCGUCGCGAAAGUGGAAUUUAUUCCCACAAAAUCAGGAUGCUACCGCUACGCCAUUAGACCGAGCACGGACACGCAGAACCAUCAGUGGUGAAGUCGUCUCAGCAUUUGUGGACGCGUUGGUGAAUCAAAUGCGAGUGGGUGUUGGAGGUAGAGGCACCGAUCCGGAGAACGUAGCGGACUUACUAAAGAUAUUUAAAGACUUCCUCGACGCUCAUAAUCUGGGUCUAGGAACCACGGCAUGGGAUUCAGUAAUGGCAAGACUUGUAGAAUCAGGUGGUCUUGACCCUGAAAAGCGUCCAGAGCUCCUUAUGCAGAUCGUGGGGCUGGCCCCUGGCUUUGGCACAGAGGUGACUGCUACUAAUUCUUCUACCUCUGCUGAGACUGAAGUACCACCCUUCUUCGAGCCAACUACAAUACCACUCAGCUUUUUGCACAGGACGAUUCGAGCUUAUGUAGGCAUUGGAGAUAUCAAGGGCGCCAUGACAACAUUGAUGCUUUUACAGCGUCAUACGGAUGAUAACAAACAGAAGUCUGUACAGCAAUUUUUUGAAGUGUUGCAAAACACCUUCCGGGUGCGUCAAGACGAGCCGUUCAGUAGUAGGCUUCCUCCAGUCGACUUCCCAGCCUUCGACACCAGGCUACCAGUUCCUUUACUAGCGCGACUGUUGGAUUUGGCAACGGAAUCAAAGUUGUACGAUAUUGGUCGUUGGCUACUGUUUUCAGAAGAUAUUGAUGGCCCGCUCAUCAGUCCAGAACUGCGCAGUCACCGUAACCUAGCUGCUUCAGUGGUACGUUUCGGGACUCUUGCAGGAGAGAAUCAACUUGUAUUGGACAUCAUCAAGACAGUUGGGACAUAUUAUCCAAUGCAAAAGCAGCCACGCAUGCCUGCUGAGGUGCUGAUAGCAUUGCUUUGCUGUCAGCUCAAGCUUCACCGGUGGGAGUCUGUUCAAGGAAUGCAGAGAUAUGUGAAUGAGAGUUCGACAUUCAAGCCACGGCCUGUCAUCUUCUCCACAUUCGCUGCAGAACUCCUUCGCACAGCCAUUGACAGCAAUGAAGCCAAGGAGCAAGCCAAGGAAGCAUUUUCCGGUUUGCUCUUCGCAUGGGAGCAACUUUGCAUGGACAACAUGCGUAACGAACUGUAUUGCAUUCUUUCCAUCAUGUCCACUGUGGACAGCGAAUGGCGCGACUAUUGCUCUCGCUUCCUAGCGGUCUCAUGGCAUCAGACUAUCGAAUUGUCCACUGAAGACUUCAACCGCAUGCUAGGAGGUGUGCUCGAUGGCUAUGGCAGUUUCAGGGGCAAACAAAUGGUUGAGCAAUGGUGCUACCAGACACGAUCUUGGUUCGAGGCAUAUCGGGCUCCCGGUGGUUUACCGACCAUGCCUCGAUACCGCGUCGGAAAAGGUCAGCAGCUAAAGAAGCUCCCGCCGAACAUUCAACUCGUGCAGAGUUCGGGUGCCAAACUCAUUUUGCAGGGACGCAUCCUUCCCAAUCGACUCACCAUCCUGGUUAUUCUACGCAAAAUCCAGGAGGAGGUGACGUCGUGGCAACAAGGCGGCAGUGAAAAGUAUGUCCAAGUCAAGCGCGCAGAGAUACGCGAUACGCUGCAGUGGGCGGUGCGCAUGCUUUGGUACAUGGGAUAUUGA